AUGGUCCAGGGUAAAGUAUUCGCAGCCGUAUCGAUAGCUAAUAUUGUAUUGGGAGCUAAUGCGUUAGUGUUAGGCCCUAGAGCAGACACAACCACUGCAGCAGCAGCAGCAGCGGCAGCAGUUACGACUACAGCAGCAGCAGCAGCGGCAGCGGCAGCAGAUACAACAACAGCAGCAGUAGCAGCAGCGGCAGAUGAUACAACAACUGCUGCAGGGGCUGCAGCCACAACAGCAGCUACGACUACAGCAGCAGCAGCAGGAGCAGCAGCAAACACGGCAGCUACCACAGCUGCAACAACAACUGCAGCAGGAGCGGCAGCUACCACAGCAGCUACCACAGCAGCUACCACAGCAGCUACCACAGCAACAACAGCAGCAGCAGCAGCAGCAGCAGCAGCAGCAGCAGCAGAUGAUGAUACCACUGCUACCACAGGAACGGGAACUAAAACAGGUACUUCAACCAGUAAGACAAGUACUGGAACAGUCUCUGCGAGCGUCACUGCUGUCACAACUACUGCUGCAGACACAGGUGAUGGUAUUGGAAAUGCCGCUACUGAUGAUUUGACUUUUAUCACUACCAUGACUAAAGCAUCGACCACGUCUAAAGCUGCUGCUGCUACUGCUGCAUCAUCAGCUUCAUCGGCAAACGCAGGUGCUUCAAACAACUUUGCUAUGGGAGGACUCGUUGUAGGUGUAGCUAUGGCCGCACACGCUCUUAUAUAG